AUGAACGGGCUACAAUGCAACCUACCACAGACGGGUCAUACAGGCUUGAAUGUCGCAGAAUCAUUAUCGAUCAUUAGAGACAUCUGUCAAGAUGUGUCUCGGAUGAGCUCUGGCGAUGGGUAUUCAACACUGGCAAAGACCGCUUUGGGUGAUUCGAGUAUGAAGCUGUCAAUCACAACUACCGAGAAUUCUGCUUGCGAUGAAGCGACCACCACAGAGCUACUCAUCAACCAAAAGACUUGCGAGCAAGAGUUAUAUCAAAUCGUUGACACCUGUAGCUCGGCCUCGAGCGAUCCCGUCAGCUUCUAUGGCGGCAGCGCCACGCGCCAAUGCGCUGUCUACUCCAUCACGCCAGAGUUGGAAGAGAUUAUUCGAUGCGGCGGCAACCCAUCCAGCAGAGCCACUGAUAUGGAUCCUAAACACAUCGAGAAGGCCAUUGAUGAGUACUGCAGUCAAUCAUUCGAGCUCUCUCCUGCGCCUCAGCAAAUCUUGACCUUUAUGACAACGGUACCUCCAGGCCAAUCGUAUCACAACUAUCUUUCCGAUGGAAUCUUGAUCAGGGCGACAGCGCAGUUCAGCGACCAGGCGCAGCAUGACUGUGCUGAGUCGAAAGCAUUCGACACGAAAGGCGAUGAAUGUCGCAGGAAGUUGAAGGCUGUGUAUGAGCAGUGCGGUGGGGAGGGUGGUGGGAUUAGUGAGAAUGGUGCCAAUGGUUGUGUGGUAUGGACGGUUUGGGGAGAGAGUCUCAAGUGA